AUGCAUCUUCCACCUGGGCAAGAACGGAGCGCAAGAGUGAUCAAACAUGUUUCUGGACAGGGCCCAAUUUACCUAAGGGCUUUAGAAGAUCUUUUUAAUGAAAAUGUAUGUUAUUGCAGUGAUCUCAAGUGCAUAUUAUUAAAAUGUGUGUGAAGACCAACACUAUAGGACCACUCUCUGUCUCUGUGGAUGGUUAGUUCUCCCAAAGGCAAACAUUUGAAUGGCAUGUUUGUAUCCAUGGACAGAAGAUUGUAGGGAGAAUGCUUUUGCAUUUCAACCAAGCACUUUACACAUUCCAUUCAAUUCCAAUUUUCAGUCUUAGGUCUAGCAAAGUUUCAUUGCUCAAUUUAUCAGGAACCACACCUUUUUAAAAUUAUUUAAAUAUAGAAUAGAAUAAUUAAUAGAACAAAUGAGUAUAAGUACAUGUACUUAUGCAUUUUUGGAAUUUUUUAGGAAGAAGAGGACUAUUUAUCAGACAAAUUUGACUCUGUAUCAAACAAUGGCGCACAAAAUGCAUCAACAUACGUCAAAGAAGAAACUGAAUUAGAGAUAACAUCAUUUAGAUCUGGAAAUGGAAAUGGAAAUGCAGAUGAAAGUUCAAGGUUAAUUGAUAUUUUUAAGAAGAUUAUUUGCAAAACAUGCAGUACGUUGAAUAUACAGCUAAUUCAAAAAAUAGGUGCGCUGUAGUAUACAUGGCGUCUGCUGGAUAAAAAAAAGAAUGUCAAUGCCGUCCGGUUUAUAUUGACAUUUCCGUCUUUGUAGGGGAUUUCCGACGUUUCCCGAGUGCUAGAUUGUUUCAAUAUUUCAAGCUGUAUUUCCGCUCGAAGCUCUCGCAUAAAAUUUAGAUAUUCUGAAAUACCGAAAUAAAAGAUGCAUUAAAUCUAUAGAUACAAACUUGAAAAUAACACUCUAAAUAGUGUCUUGGAUUGUGAUUCGAACAAGACGAUUACGAAAAAGAUAGGUUGAGAGGGACCGAAGUUAUAUUCGGCGAAAAGUUUGGCUUUAUAGUGACCCAUGGUCAUACAUAUUUGUUUACAUUGUUCAAAGUUAUUGUAUAUAGGUAUGGUAUGACUAGUUUACAUUGUUCGAGUAUGGCUAGUUUAUAUCUUAUGGCUAUGUUCCAGUAGAUGCCAAAAAGGUUGUCCUUUGGAAACCUUAACCCAAUCCAUUGAGCCGCAAAUUACGCCCCAGCGCGCCCUAUUUAUUAUUUUACUCGUCCAACGCCAGACGAUUUUACUCGUCAAUGGGGAAACUCUGCAGCUUAAUGGGUUAAACUCUAAGCGUGCAAAGCAUAAUGGGAGCAUGAUUUAAUCAGUUUGGAAAUCAUAUACUUUUUAGAGACAUGGUAAAUAUCUCCUUACGAGAACAAUUCAUUCACAAGUUACUACAAUAUCAACUAAUAAGCUUGGAAUUUGUGCUCCCAUUAAGCUUUGCGUGCUUAGAGUGGUUUAAGGUUUAGAAUUUUAGGUUUGCAAAGGACAGCCUUUUUCGAUUGCGAAUUGGAUGUUUACAAUAUCUUAAUUGAUAGCUUACAGGCCUUUAUUUACAGUACCCCUUUUCUUCAACAGCCAAUUACACAAUAUACAAUGGCAUCCCAGCAAGAUGUAAAAUGUAAAUAAUUUAUUUCUAAGAUUUUGAUUAAAUACAUUGCUUGGAAGCAGUCAGGCAACUUUUGUAUAUAUAGCCAUAAGAACCUGAAUAACUUUACAUAGAAAGAAUGAAAUACUCAACAUGAACAAAUGACUAAAAUAGACUCCAUACUGUUCUCUUUUCUGAUUUUACAGCUUCUGCAAAUUUACAGUUGCUCUUUCCGGAUAUACCUUUUUCUGAACUUGAAAGCAUAUGCAAGGAUACCAUUGAUUUUGAUCAUGCAUUAGAAGUUGUACUGCACAGGUCUGACAACAAAGACACACCUAAUAAAAAUGAGGCAGGAAGUAUGAUCAAUGAUGAAGACAUGAAUGGCAAUCAGAAUGAUCUUGAAUCACUAACUAGUGCGGGUGUGUAUGGUGAAUGCUAUACUGUAGUAAUUGGCAUUUUCUUGUAGCAUUAGAUUGUAAAUGCAGACUAUAAUUGAUAUGUUUUUAGAGAUUCCUGGAACAAGUGGAAAUAUUUCAGAUGAAGAAAUGUGGAAUACUCCUAUGUCAUCACAAUUUUUUCUUCAUGAUGGUGAUGGCUUUGAAUCACUCAAACGUUUUAUUGCAAGUGCAGUCAACUCAUUCGGAGACGAACUUGAUUUAGUGAUUGACCGAAACAAGGACAUUCUUGAACAGGCUGUGAGAAAAUAUAAGAACUCGGCUUUUGAUAUUACAAGACCCUUUAAUGUUUCCUUUAAAGGGGAAGCUAGCCUGGAUGCAGGAGGCCUAACAAGGGAGUAUUUUCAGCUGCUCGUAGAUAGAAUUAGAAAACAAACAACCGAGUCUAUUGUGUUGUUUGAAGGUCAAAAUAAUCAUUUAUUGCCAAUUCAUAAUUAUGACCUUGUUUCAGGAGGUUUUUUUACAUUGGUUGGCAAGAUGAUUUUACAUUCUAUCCUCAACAAGUUGUCUAUUUAG